AUGGGGAAAGAAACUGGUACUGAUGGACUGCGGCUUCCUGCCAGAGAUUUCCCAACUUUGUCAACCAAUCACAGAUCUAGUUCUGUUAACGGGACCUUGGGACUCGGUGGUGUCACGUUCUUUAUCAUCCAGGGCCUCACAAACCUCGAUGAGAAAAAGACAAUCCUUUUUUCCAUCCUGUUGCUGAUUUACAUCAUGAUCCUGGGAGGAAACAGCAUCAUCAUCUAUGUGUCACUGACGGAUCCAAAGCUCAACUCUCCACUAUACUUCUUCCUCUGCAACCUCUCCUUUGUGGACAUGGUCUACACCACAACCACCAUCCCCAACAUGCUAUCUGGCUUACUGACAGAUAUCUUAACCAUCUCUGUCCUGGGCUGCUUCCUCCAGAUGUACUUCUUCAUUCAGUUAUCUGUUACGGGCCGAGCUAUUCUCACAGUCAUGGCAUACGAUCGCUACGUGGCGAUCUGCAACCCUCUGCAAUACAACAGCAUCAUGACCAGACCUGUCCGACUGCUACUUGUUGCAGGAGCCUGGGGAUUUGGUGCAGUUUGCACUCUUCCUGCUACUGUGAUUGCCUUUGAGAGGCCUUACUGUGGCCCAAAUGUGGUGAAACAUGCCUGGUGCGACCCAUCUUCUGUAAGGCGGCUUGUGUGCACUGACACCUCUUUGGAUAACAUUGUGUCUCUCUCUUUUGCAAUGGUGGCGCUGCUGACCACAGGUGUCUUCAUACUCUCCUCCUACAUCUUGAUUGGGUUUUCCAUAUCCAGGAUGGUUGUUGCUCAGAGGCUGAAGGCAUUCAGAACAUGUGCUGCCCACCUGACUGUGGUGUCCAUCUCUUAUGCAGCAGCCUCAUUUGUAUACAUUUCCUACCGAGUGGGAAACUUUUCACCAGAGGUGCGGAUCAUUGUGUCUGUGCUGUACUCUGCUCUGACUCCAUUCCUGAACCCGAUGAUCUAUAGUCUGAGGAACAAAGAGCUGCAAGAGUCUAUCAGAAGAACUUUGAGCAGGUUCAGACCUGCAGCUGUGUUACCCACCAAGGAAAUCAGCACUUUGUCCUGA